AUGGCGAGAAGGACCCGAGUCACUCUGACACACUUGGUGCUUUUCACCUCCCUUGUAUUCACUCAUGUCAACUGUCACGCCCACUCUCACAAUACUCCCGAUGCCUCCUCAGAAUCAGAAGAAGCACCGCUCUCCUUCUCGGUCGGCCCCAACUACCCCUACCCCCUCGAGGACCUCGACAAAGACCUCCCCUUCUCUCAGCCCGUCACCUUCGCCCAUCUGCCGUGGGAACGGUGUUUUUCCUCCCGCCACGCGUCCGACCUGGACAUUGCCAUCGUGGGGUUCCCCUACGACACAUCGACGUCGUACCGCCCCGGCGCACGUUUUGGGCCCAGAGGCAUCCGUGCUGCCAGCUCCAGGGAGAAGAAAGGCAGGAGCUACAACACGGUAUGGGGCAUUGACCCGUUGACGGAGGGGGGCUUGAACAUCGUGGACUGUGGAGACAUCCCUCUCACCCCGUUCGACGCCCAGCACGCUUUCCGCCAGAUGGAGCAGGGCUACCGGCAGAUCUUGUUCCACAACACCACUUCCCCCUCCACGGCGUCGGCUAAGACCCUUCAGGGCAGAACAUGGCAGCAUCCCCGAGUCUUGUCUCUGGGAGGCGACCACUCGAUCGUCCUCCCGAUCCUGCGCUCGCUCAAGGAAGUCUACGGCCCGAUCUCCGUCAUCCACCUCGACUCCCACCUAGACACCUGGGACCCAUACGCUGGGUACACGGGCAUCGUCUCGGAACAGAGCGCCAUCACCCAUGGGACUUUCUUCUGGCACGCCGCCCGGGAAGGGUGCAUCGCCAAGGGGAGUAGCGUGCACGGCGGGCUGAGGACGAAGCUGUUCUCCCCCAAGGACUACGUCACGGACAAGGACGUGGUUGGAUUUGAGAUCAUCGAGGCGCACGAGAUCGACGAGGAACCCCGGGGCAUGCAGGGAAUCGCCGAUCGGGUGCGCAGCAUCGUCGGAACGGACAGGCCCGUCUACCUCAGCAUCGACAUCGACGUCCUGGACCCCAGCAUAGCCCCCGCUACGGGCACGCCCGAGUCCGGAGGCUGGACAACGCGCGAGGUCAAGCGGUUCAUUAAGGGUCUGGAAGGCGUGCGGUUGGUCGGCGCGGACGUCGUCGAGGUGAGCCCGCCGUAUGACACCGCAGCAGAGGUGACGAGUGUGGCGGCUAGUGAUCUGCUGGUCGACAUCCUGGCAUUGAUGGUCAAAGAUUCGGUAGGGAAGGCGGAGAAGGCGCAGGCAGGAGGACAAGGGGUGAAGGAUGAAUUGUAG